AUGACGAUGAGAAUAAGACAGCAGACUCUAGUAUCACUGCUACCGCUGCUACUGAUCCUUUCGCUUCUUCCACGGUGUGCUUUUGGUUCAAUCGUGGAGCCUCCGUUUGAAGUUCCUUCGUCAGUAACUCUUCGCGCCGCGGUAUUGCAUGCUCCUCCGUUCGCUACGGUGGAGGCUAACGCGAAUGGAACGGGUUAUUCGUUCAGCGGAUUUCAAGUGGAUUUGUUGGAGCGGCUGAAGGUUUUCGCAGAGAGAGACAAUGUCCAUCUCGACUUUGACUUGACCGUGGCGCCUAGCUUUUACGAUGCGGCGCUCAACUUGGUGGCACACGAUUGCGUUCCUCCCUACGGACAACAGCACGACCAGUCAUGCCAACAACUAGAUUUCAUUCUUGGAAACUUCUAUGCAACUCCCGAGCGCGCGUUUCGCGUCGAUUUGUCGCCGGCAUGGCUCAAGUCCACCAUUGCCACCAUCAAGUUCAAAGACAAACAAAACAACGGCCAAGAUCUCGACUUUACCACGCUCACACAAGCAUCCGACCAUGGAGGAACUGUCUGUAUCAAAGAUGGAACUUUCUACGCUGGAGUCGUCAGAGAAAAGUUCCCACGUGCCAACUUUCAAGUGUGCGACUCAUACGAUACCUGCAUUGAUGCACUCAAGGCGGAACACUGCCAGCUGUACGCAGACGAUGAACUUCAGCUUCACUACCGAGCCGCCAUUGACUCGUCCCUCGAAGUCACGCCCGAACGAUUCAACACCCAGUGGAUCGUCUGGCCCAUGAGCUUCGAGCUAGACCCGGCCAUACGAACACUCAUGUCCAGGUGGAUAUACGCCGCAACCGUUAACGCUACCAUCGACGACUUGUAUCAUCAGUACUUUCAAAAGGCACUCUGUCCGGUAGGCACGGCAGGAGCAAACUGCGAGUUGCCAUGUGAUCCUGAUCAUGGAGUCGCAGGCGCAAAUGGACUAUGUGUCUGCACGUCCAUCAAGUGGACUGGAGACGACUGCUCCCUUGAAGUGCCGGAAGACACUAACUCCAUACCAGCCUCACUCAAAGCCUUGACAUACUCUAUGCUUGCCAUAAACGUCGUUGUCAUCAUCAUAUGUCUCCUAUGGUUGCAUCAUUACAGAUUCUCACAGCAGGUACGAUACACCCAGCCAUUCUUUCUGAGGCUAGUGCUGCUCGGAUGCUUGAUUUCAUCAUGUACAAUCAUACCCAUGGCUAUGGAAGAUGGAGGAAAUAUCGACAAUGCACCAGAUUCUUGCAUGGCCAUUCCAUGGCUAUACUCGGUUGGAUUCUCUGUCACUUUUGGUACUCUAUUUGCAAAAAUAUUGAGAGUAUACCUCAUUUUUACACAAGCGGCUGAACACCAAAAGUCACCACAAGCCAUACAAAGCAAUACACGACGAUACUAUGUUACCUUCCACGAAACACUCAUGGUCAUUGGGGUGGUACUGCUCAUCGAUGUCGCCAUUCUCGUCGUAUGGACCGUCGUCGAUCCACUCACAUGGCAUCGAGUCAUCAUCAGAGAAGACCAAUUCGGAGUACCCGUGGAGUCAGAGGGAUUCUGCGCUUCCGAUUCAUGGGUCGUCUUUGGAGGAAUCAUUGGAUUCUUUCACCUAAGCUUGCUCGCCAUUGCUUGUAUUCUCUGCUACAAGGCUAGAGAUAUACCCACGAAAUUCUCGGAAGGAAAAACGGUAUCCAUUGCCAUGAUCAGCCAUUUGCAAAUCAUGGUUGUCGGAGUUCCAAUUUUGAUCAUCCUGGGGACAUCCUACGCAAGCUUCUUUGUCCGCAGUGUGAUCAUCUGGAUGAAUGACCUUGCUGUUGUAUCACUCAUUUUCGGCAACUUGAUGUAUUCAGUGUACAUGACUCCGCCCGAAGACAACCGCGCAUCCUUUGUCAGGAGAGAAAUCUCUGCAGCAGUCUCGCAAUUCAGCAAACGAAAAUUCAAUUCCUCGUCCUCCCUCCUUCCUCCGAAAACAUCGUCUCUCCCUCCUCCUGAUCAAAUGGAGGAGUUCUCAGCUUCCGAACCCCUCGAAGUUUCGCAAAACGACAAUCAGCAAGAGGCGUCACCCUCUACCAGUACACCACCAUUACAUCGGACGCCUGCACCCUUGCCCAUUUCCUCGUUGACACUGGGAUCUACCACCACCAGCAGUCGAAAGAGCGUCUCGUGGGGAAUGGCAUACUUCUCGGAAUGCGGAGUCGACGAGGAAACUGGAGUGCCGUUUGUCGCUGACGAACAAGAAGUAGUUCCCAUCGUGGACAGCGGCAACGAGGCAUCUCUUCCCGUUGUAUAUCCUCUGCCGAUUGAUGCCAACAGUCCACCAGAACAAGCUAAUCGAAACAAACGAUUCUGCUCAGGUUCAGCACACACGGCUCCACAAAUAGUUAAGAGACCUUGUCCGUCGCCGGAGUCAUCCGAGGAGUUUCAUGCCGAUGCCACAAACUAUGGCCCUAUCAUGCCCAAACGAAAGAGUUCAGUGAAAUCGGUGUCAUCCUCAUCAGAUACUACAUCUACCAAGCACAGCGGAGCACGAAGCUUCUCAACGCGAUCUUCAGGGUGCCGCUCGCAUAGCUGCUCCCACAGUUUUGUGCCGCAGCCUCGUAUUGAAGAAGAGUGUCCAGAAUGUUCAGGAAUGCUUGAUGAGAAGGAUACGGCACCGAGCCAAAACACGGGCAUGUUAGCUUUUCCUGCAGGUGCGCGUGAGGAGGAGUCUGACACUACCAGUCGGCUCAGUCAGUUGGACGAGUCUCUCGACAAAUCUGCUCAAGAGAUUCAAGAAGAACUGCUUGGCAACCCUAGAGCCUCGUUGGAAUCUGCGCAGGGUGCCCCAAUGAAACCAGAUCGAAGACCGACUGCACCAGAGGAGUCGUCGUCAUCUUCAAGUGUUGGGGAGGGGCUGCUGGCAAUAGCCAGAAAGCUAGUGCCAAAGGUGCGCUUAGAUCCCAGGAAGUUUGAGAGGCGACCGGAACACCCCGAAUCCAGCUCGCCCUCGGGCGACAUGAGUAGUCCGUGUCGAUCCAGACAUUCAUCCGAGUUUACUUGCCCCAAGCCACCGCAGGCUCCUGGCAGACGCAACUCCUCUUCGUUUCUUGACAUUGACAGUUUAGGAUCCAUGAACAUGUCCGAUAGCGACAUCAAUUUGUCCAGCGACAGCGAUACCGACAGUGACAGUGAAGAUGGUAUCGAUGGCGGAGAUAGGGAUUGCUUCAACAUCAGCGCCAGACAAGAAGACGACAAAGUCAUGGACAUGAACAGUGAUGUAAUGGAGAAGCCAGAGAGUGCCGAACGGCGCAAUACCAACUUGUCGAUAUACUCCAGCAUCACCACUGAGGACACGACUGCGACUAGUGACCAUGAAGACACUGAUUAUCUUGGACCUGCUGCAAAGGGACUGCUAAACACAGACGAUGGCGCUGUUUUGCCAACGGUGGCGUAA